CCUCACUCGUCGUUUCUCCUCAGCGUCUCAGCUCCUCCACAUCUCCUCUCGAUCUCCUUCUGAUCCAGCAGGUCUCCAACCAUGUGCUCCCGCCAGGACAAGGACCAGUGCCACCAGCAGGAAUGGUCCUCCUGCCACAGCAGCGGGUCCGGAUGCCACGGGAGCAGUGGCGGAUCUGGGUGCCACAGGAGCAGCGGAUCCGGUUGCCAUGGUAGCAGUGGUGGAUCCGGAUGCCACAGGAGCAGCGGAUCCGGUUGCCAUGGUAGCAGUGGUGGAUCCGGAUGCCACAGGAGCAGUGGUGGAUCCGGUUGCCAUGGUAGCAGCGGUGGAUCUGGUUGCCAUGGGAGCAGUGGUGGAUCCUGCCAUGGUAGCAGUGGUGGAUCCUGCCAUGGAAAGCCACAGGAGUGCCAGCAGCAAAUCUACCAAGUAUCCUCGAAAAUGAAGUGAUCACCCCACCGCCUGCAGGUGAUCCAUAGGAAAUGUCCUGGAUCUUGUGCCGAGCUCAGAAAGCUUUGCGUGUCCCCAGCAAUUUCCAAGGAAAAUGUGUCCUUCCCCUCCCCCGGUGAGUGCUGUAACCUCUCCCAAGCUUCUCUGUGGGUGCUGAAAUAAACUCUUUGUUCACGCUGGCA